AUGUUAUCGAAGGUAAAGUUUGCAAUAAAAUCAAAGCGAAAUCGGCGUGCAUUAGGAGCACGAAGUAUAUCAUUAGAUGAACAAAUCAAUUUAAAUUUGAAAUCGACUGAUGAAUUUUUUAUUAGUAAUCAACAACGUACAGAAACAAAUGAAGAAGAUAUUACAAUUGUUUGGUUAAGUAAAACUAAACAAAAUAAAUCACUUUUAACAUCUCUUCGAUUUAUUAAUGAUUAUAUUCAAUUGUUCGAUGAUGAAGAAAAUGCAUUGACAUAUAUUCAAUCAAUUUUAGAAGAAAAAAUCAUUGUAAUUAUUGAUUAUUUUAAUGAUCAUCUUCUUACUGUACUAAAUGAAUUGAAACAAGUUGAUGCAAUAUUUCUUUUCACAUCUACAUCACCAUCUGAACUUCCAUCAUGUAUAACAGCAUUUUGUUCUACUGAUGAAGAAUUAAUCAAUGAAAUAGAUCAUACUUGUCAACAAAUUAAUAAACAUCUGGCUGCUUUUUCAAUUUAUAAUCAUAAGAAUAAAGAAAAACAGGAUUUAACUCAUGAAGCUGGUUCUUUUCUGUUUUUUCAAUUAUUUAAAGCUGCUUUUAAAAAAUUACCUACAAAUUCCGAAUCAAAAAAAUUAAUGAUUUCAAAAUAUCGUGAUUAUUAUGUUGGUAAUAGAAAAGUAUUGAAUGAAAUUUUGGAUUUUGAACUUAAUUAUAAAUCAAAUAAAGCAAUUCAAUGGCAUACAAAUAAUUCAUUUAUUUAUCGAUUAAUUAAUAAAGCUUUACGUACAGAAAAUAUCGGUUGUUUAUGUUAUUUUCAUUUUUAUAUUUCUGAUUUAUCCAAACAAUUAGAAAAAGAAUUUGUUAAAUUUAAAAAACAAUAUUUUGAAUCAACAAUUAAAUUCUAUCGAAGUUUUAAAACAACAUCUGAACAAAUAAAAAACUUUCAAUAUAAUAUUGAUAGUUUAAUAUUAACUAAUGAAUAUUUAUCAACAACACGUAAUCGUGAAAUAGUUUAUGAUUUUAUUAAGCAAUUAAAUAUUCAAACUAAUGAAGAAAAAGUUAUAUUUGAAUAUACAAUAGAUAUGAAAUUAGUUAAAUCAAUUAUUUUUGCUGAUAUUUCACAAUAUAAACAAAAUUCUAAUGAUAAUGAAAUACUUAUUGAUAUAGGUGUUGUUUUUAAAAUUAAUUCAUGUAUAUAUAAUGAGAAAGAUAAUUUAUGGAUAGUAAAUGUUAGUGCAACUGAUGAAGGUGUUGACAUUGCUUCGGAAUAUGUUGAAUAUCAAAAAGCUAAAAUGACUGAUUCAAAUAUAAUGUUAAUGCUUGGUCAUUUAAUUAUUGAAACUGGUAAUUAUUAUAAAGCAGAAAAAUAUUUUGAUGCUAUUUUACAUUCAUCUAUUCCAAAUGAUGAAGAAAUUUCUUGUAUAUAUUAUAAUAUGGGUCGCAUUUAUCGAUUAAAAGGUGAAUAUGAUCGUGCACUUGAAUAUCUUGAUCAAGCCUAUACGACACAUUCAAAAGCUCGACCAGCUCGUUUAAUAAGUGCAGCGAAAGCAAUGAAUGCUAUGGGUAUUGUUUAUAAAGAACAAGAUAAUAUUACACAAGCAAUUGAAUCAUUUGAAUCUGCUCUUAAAACUUAUGGAAAAACUCUUCAAGCAUCUCAUCCAGAUGUUGCAGGAACACUUAUUAAUCUUGGAAAUAUUUAUUGUGCACAAGAAGAAUUUACUGAUGCUCUUUCAUGUUUUAAUCGAGCACAACAUAUAUAUGAUCGUAAUUUACCACCUAAUCAUCCAAAUAUAGCAAUUUUAUUGAAUAAUAUUGGAAAUCUUUAUCAACAACAAUCUCAAUUAGAUUUAGCUUUGAAUGCUUAUCAACGUGCUUUAGCAAUAUAUGAAAAUAUUUUACCACCUAAUCAUCCUGAUAUUGUUCGAAAUCAACAUAAUAUAUCGAAAAUAUAUAUAAUGCUUGGUGAUCAAAAGAAUCCUAAUUUUCAAUUGAAACAAACUGCUCAAUGUGAUUUAAACAUUAAAUUAGACUCGAAUAUGGAAAUUAUUGGAAUGAUCAAUUUUUAA